GUGCCCGCGGGUAGUGCGGAUGCUAUAGAUUGGGAAAGGGUAGAAUUAGAGGGCCUGAGACGUCAUGUUAAUCAAGAAAAUGAUCUUUCGCAUCACGAGCACGAGCACGACGACGCACCAGGAGAAGAGCAGCAGACUCCUACGUGGAGGUCUAGAAGUACGUUUACCGUGACCAGCCUAGUGAACAGGGUUUUCUCCUCUUUGGCUCCGGAACGUGAUUUAUCACUUCGAUUAAGUGCGAAUGCCGUCGACAGCAAAUACGCAGAGGCUUUUUUCGACACGUCAAGACCUACAUCAAGUCCUAUCUUCAAUGAUCUAGGAAUUUCAUUUGAGGUGAUGCGAAAGAGAAUUCUGAACCGCGAAGAUGUCUUUUUGCUAUCCUUUCCACGGCCAGAGCCAAGGCCAGGGCCAGCACUAGACGGAGACGACGACGAGCGGUUAGUGGCAAGGGCAGAGGACAUGAUUCGAGGAGAGACGGACGAUGUUGAGGAGGAGAAUAAAGAAACCGAAUUUGCAGAACUGCUAGCACCUGAGAAACUAGAGGUAUUGUCGAAAAAACGAAGACCUACGACGCCCAAAGCGAUACACGAGGCCAAGCAACAAGGUCGAGGUCCUCUAUCAAAGAACGUGAACCGUCUGGAUUGGAUGGCUGAUUUUCAAAAGUGGUUAGUAGCGCCGCCUACUUCGAGUCUCCAUAGAAGGGAACGUCCAGUAUUUCUGUCGGAACAGGAGACUGGAGUCUUUCAUAUUUUGAAUGUUCGCGACGUCGACGAGGAGGUUGAUGAACCUAUUAAUGGACAAGUAGAGGAUGUAGCUUCAUCAACAGGCGUCUUGCUGGAUCUUCAUGAAGAUUCGACUUCUUCUCGCUCUCGUACUCUCGUCCCACCCAACAUCAAGCUGCUUUUCACAUAUCUCGCUGUGAUUGGGCCAUGUCGUGAGCUCUUCGGGAACCUGAUUUUUGACCUAGUCGAGACCUUGCAUUGGGUUUCGUUUCAAGGCCAGAGCGCGUUUCUGAAAUUGCCAAGACUAGCUUACACAGAAUACCAUGAUUGGACGCCAGCACCGCCUUCACAACAAGAAGAAAUAGGAGGAGGAUCUGUUUCUGUAAUAUCAACGAGUGAACAAGAACGAAGACGAACAGGAGCAUCAACACGACCAUCAUCUCCCACUAGCGCAUCAUCGGCUUCUCAAAGCCAAUAUCAUCUUCCUGUUCAAGAUCUGCCUCAUCAACUACAUACUGCAGUUGUUGACCAAGAUGAAGAGCACGACGUCGAUCCUCAAUCCUAUUGGACAGCACUUGGUCGUGCUUGUGAUGUGAAGCGUGGAGAGAGCAUAGGCUUCGAGCAGAUCUUCGAUGUUGCAUUUCUGGACAAAUUUCUGCGGGAGCGGCGUGGAAUGGGUGGGAUCAUUGUUGAACGAGAUGACAAUAAAUAUAAAAGAGGCAGAACAAGUAUUCCUGUUUCUAGUUCUAAUGUUGACUUCGACGCAGUCCUUUCAACAGCGGACUUGCCUUUUAGGGACAAACUGGAGACGCAGUUCGCUUGUCCUUCAAGAGAGGAUCACACGCACAACAGCAAUUCAUCAAAUUCUGAUGGAGAAGAAGUUGUCGAGUAUUCUUUUUUCGAUUCUCCAUAUCCAUCUCGAAUGUCGCAAAUGGUUUGCGUGCGAGACAGAGGCAGCCAUGAUCUAGAUUGGAAGGCUGCAGCGAGAGCAGUAAGGGAUGUAGUAGCUCCAGCCCUCGAGGAAGUUUCGUCCAGAAGUUCCAGCAGUACAGUAAAAAAAACUUCUAGUCGUACCAAGACCUCCACAAUCCCUACAACCUCCACCACCUCUACUUCCUCCACGCAGGAGAUGCAUACCAACAAACUAAAUAUCGGCCUUUACUUCUAUUUUGUCGAAGGCUACGAAAGCGCAGGCUUACAUCCAGGACGAUACGGAAAGCUUGAUGCUCGCUCUGUAGGUCCCAGUGUUUGGUCAGGGUUACGCUUUAGUCGACGAAUUCGAGAUUUGGCCGACAAAGUGAUACUUAAAUUUAGGGAGGACCUAGUAGACGUAGAACGCGUACGCGAUAUUGAUUCUGGUACUAGAGAAAACGAUCAUGAGCGCUCUUUUAGUACUACUUCUAGUACUUUUUUGUCUGCCCAUUGGCGUCGUGGUGACAGAAAGCUUGGCUCUCAACGACGGAAACUUCGACAAUACAGAGACGCGGAUCCAGUCGACUUUUUGCGGUUGUUGGCGGGAAAGGGAAUUUUCACAGGACGAAUGCAGUCUAAAGAAUCAGCAAGACCAAGGACUACAACAGCACCUGGAGCUUCACAUCCACUACAUCAAGAUGUAGAUGUUGAAGUCCAAGAACUACAGUCUAAAAAAUCAACAAGACCAAGAACUACCACCCUGUUCCUUAUGUCGAAUGAGCCUCUCGAGUCCAAGGACAUGCUCGUAUUUGCGAAGCUAGCCAAAUCAGACUAUGACGUUGACGUUGUAAGGAUUGGACUUGAGGAUGGUGAGCAUGAGAGCCCCUCAGAGGGUGGACCCAACUACAAUAUCACUAGAAGUCUUGUGUUGCGGCAAUACAACAGCGAUAGUAACAGUAACUACACUUCACUAGUACUCGCUCAAAAACCCAAAGUCCUCAUUCCUUCUACUUCGCUGCAUCCAGCCGAACUUCUUGCUCUAGAGAUGGAAAUUGCUAGUCGUAGUGACACCUUUAUCGGUUAUGGUGACGGAUUGCUAGAGGGUCACUGCUCAGCGCCAAGCCUCAUCGUGCAUCAAAUCCGGUUACACGAUAAGGGAAAGGAUCCGGCUGAGUGGGUGUUUGAGCAAUUUUAGUCUCUUGGGAUGAUGACUUGAUAGCACCACAUUUUGUUUGCAUGAAUACUUAAUACACGACUCUGAUAUUGGUUUGAGUUUAAGACCCGAGCAGACCAAGACCAUAAACAACAAAGAUAACUAUAGCAAUACAAGGAAGAGAAGAUGGCAAACGCGAUGAGGCUUUAGAGGACUCGCCUUAUCAUCUUCAAAUUGGGAGAUGAUCUGCACGUGCUGAAAGGCUAUGUAUGGCCUUUGUAGUUGUACAGUCAGCAAAAAUUCUUUACAUCUGAAGAACAGGGAAGAGUAAUAUCAACCUAUCUGGAAAACCCAAU